AAGAAGAUGAAGAUGACGUCACAUUCCAAAAGAACGCCCAGCUCCCCAAUCAUGAGCGUCCUGCUGGCGGUGACGCGGCAGAGCCGCUCCCCGACCACGCUGAUAGUGUUCAGCUUCCUGUCCAUGGUGGCGCUCGGACUGCUGCUGCACCACUUCACGGGCACGAUGCUUCGCCAGCACUUUCCGACGCAGCUCUGCCAGGCGCACGGCGUCAACACCACCGUCGUCGUGGCCGUCCGCACCAGGCCGAACAACCGCUCGGAGAGGGAAGCCAUCCGCAAGUCCAUGGGCCACCCGAUGGUCCGCGCAACCCUGCCCUGGAAGGUGGUCUUCUACAUGGGCUACUCAGCGGACAUCGUCAGGUCUCGCUCUCUCCGCCGCGAGGUGCUUAAAGGCGAUCUCAUCAUCGCGCCGUACGAGGCCUCCUUCGAGAACACCAUCAACAUCUUCAUGAGCGCCGUGAGCUGGAUCCACGACCAGUGCGCGCCGGCCAUGCACCACCUGGUGCACACAAACGACACCACCAUGGUGGACUUUCUCGCCGCGCACGAGCACAUAGAGGACCUGCAGGAAGCCGAGGACCGCCACUUCCACUGCGCCGUCGUGCAGCUGGUCGAGGUGAACCGGAACCCGAACAGCUCGCUGUACGUGCCGGAGACCCUCUUCAGGGACACCUACUGGCCCACCCACUGCGAAGGAUUGUCCACUCCAAGCAUCUGA